CCACACCUCAACUCUCCAACUCCCGUUGGAUUGACACUGACGAAACUCUUCAAAAUGGCUUCUCUGGAAGCGCUGUGGGGUCCAGCGACCCGACGGCUCCUCCGGGUCGCUGUGGCCAAAACCACAAACGUGGUUCGCGCCAAACUGGUCGUUCUGACGCGCCCACUCCAGACCGAAUUCCAAACCAUCGGACUCAAGUCCGUCCGACUUGCACGACAGCCAAUCCACCCUGUCGCGGUUCUCCGACAACAGAAACGCAACCCCAGAUGGUUCUCGACCUCUGCGGUCCAGAACUUUAGCCGCGCAGCCAAGCGGUUCAUCAGCACCGAAUCCAAGUCUACCCGAUUUGACCGAUCCAAGCUACCGGUGUCCAACACCUCGCAACGAGUUGGACGAUCCUCUGGCCGUGCUCCUUUCGCCAGCACCCUUCGCCCGAACUUGACGGGCGGCGCAAUGCCUCGAUCUGCUGGCGGCUAUAGCUUGGGCGGUGGUGCCCGGUACUUCUCGCAUACCCCCGCAGCUCCGGCUCAGGUGGUACAGAAUGUAUCCCAGGCAAUGAGGGCCUUCUUCCUUUCCGGCCAGAAGCUCCGCUACGACGGCCUGGAUUCUCGAGGUGGUCGGCAAUACCGUGCCGUCUCGCCCAUCGAGGACGAGGCGAUGCACAAGUUCUCAUCUAUUCCCCGCACCUCCCCCGGCUCCUUCAUCGACUUCAACCUCAGCCCUACCGUGACCGCUCUCAGCCCCCUUGCUGCCGCGAUCCCCGUUGCGUCCGAGGCCUGCGGCUUCAAGGCCAAUGCUGCGACUGCUGGUGCCUCCCUCAACACCGAGGGAUUCCUCGAUUGUCUCUCGGCUGACUUUGGCCGAGCAUUGAAGGACCUAACAGCCAUCUACGCGGACCUUCGGCGUCUUGCCAUUUUAGGCGAUUUACCGAUCCAUUUAGAGCAGAAAAACAUUCUCCGCGUUCGAUUCCCUGGAGUCGAUGCUGAAACCAUUGAGCGACUAUGCGAUGACAUUGGGAUUCAGCGUGGGAUUGUGGGCGAAGAUGCCGACUUUGGUGUAGCAGUCGGUGUUCCGAUGGCCCUCAGAUUCCCCUUCGCACCGGAUGUCCCCAAGUCUCUCAUGUCACUCGGCGGCUCAGUCCGAUCAGUGGAGGGCUAUGAAUGGGAUGCGUCCUCAUCGUUGGAGGAUGAUGACUUCGUCCGAGAGGCCUUCAUGGAUGAGGUGGGCGACAACCCAUGGCUUUCUGAUCUUGAAGGCUAUGAGACGAUGUCGCCUCCUAUGAGUUCAGGCGGACACCCAUCCGAGGAUUUUGAAGGUCUCGAAGGGAUCUACAGGUUCUUGGAGGAAUGUGAUCGGGGCCAAGGCAUGGUCCGCUGAGGUGUGUUGAAGCAACACGGAAAUGUUUUCAUGUAAAGCGACAAAUUGCAACCAUCUACACUCUUUUGUACAAUUUUUUUUUUUGAAACGAUACCAACAAAUUGCUUAGUUAUUAACUAGCAGAUAAGAAUCAAUUG